CAAUGCACCUACCAGACUGGUGUUUGCUGAGCUGAAGAAGCCGUACAGCAACCAGACCGUCUUCCCCGUGGGGAGCACGGUGGAAUACGUGUGCCAGCCUGGGUAUGCCCAGCACCUGGGGAUGUCGCCAGCCAUCACGUGCCUUAGGAAUCGGACAUGGUCUGGGGCGCUGGAGUUUUGUAAAAGGAAACAAUGUGCUAACCCAGGGGAUCCGGAAAACGGCAGAGCUGUUGUCCUGACGGACCUCCUCUUCGGGUCCAAAGUUAAUUACACUUGUGACAAAGGGUACAAGUUGAUUGGAGGCUCUCAGAGAACAUGUGAGAUCUCUGGCACACGUGUCUCGUGGAGUGGAGAUGCUCCUGUCUGCCAGCGUAUCGUCUGUGAUCCGCCGCCGGACAUCCCCCACGGGAGACACAGCGGGCAAUCGAUGGACACCUUCUCCUACGCGGAUGUGGUCACCUACACCUGCGACGCUGGUCACCUGCUGGCCGGAGAGCCCUCCAUCUUCUGCACCACGGCGGACGGGGAGCACGGCGUGUGGAGCGGGCCACCACCGCGGUGCGGAGAGGUGAAGUGUCCUCCCCCUCCAGCCAUUGCCAAUGGAAAGCACAGCGGCCAGCCCUCGGACACCCACCUUCCAGGCACAGCUGUGCAGUACACCUGCUGGGACGGCUACUCCCUCAUCGGGAACGCCUCCAUUAGCUGUACCGCUGCGGGAACGUGGAGCCGGCCCCGGCCCCGAUGUGAAGCAACCGGCUGCAAAAGACCAGAGAUCGAGAACGGAAGAACGACCGGGCUGGAGACCGUGUACAGACUCGCAGACACCAUUGUCUUCGAAUGCAAUUUUGGUUACGCCUUGAAGGGCUCUCAAGAGUCUCAGUGCCAGUUUGGGGGCACGUGGGACCCUCCUGUCCCCAUCUGUGAAAAGAUGCUACAGUGUCCUUCUCCUCCAAAUAUUAAAAAUGGCCAGUAUGAGAACAAGGAUGUGAAAGUGUUCAUCCCUGGAGUAUCAGUGAAGUACUACUGUGACCUGGGGUACGUCCUCACUGGGAAAACAACAGUUUCUUGUCUGACAUCUGGAACCUGGAGCCUCCCUUAUCCCCGGUGCGAAGUGAUCACCUGCAUAAGCCCCAACAUCCAAAAUGGAGAAGUGGCUGAAGGACGGAGCGCUGCGUACCGUCCCGGGGCCAACGUCACCUUCCAGUGCCACCCGGGCUACGUGCUGUGGGGCAGCCGUGGAGCCAAGUGCCAGCCCGAUGGCCGCUGGGCGCCUGCUGUCCCCACCUGUGAGCCAGUGCUGCCGUGUCCUCCACCUCCCGUCAUCGCCCACGCCACGCACAGCGCGGAGCUCGGGGCAAACUUCACCAGCGGCAUGUCCGUGAGCUACAGCUGCCAGCCCGGCUUCUCCCUCCUCGGAGACCCCUCUGUCUCGUGCACGGCCUCGGGGAACUGGAGCCUCCCGUACCCACGCUGCGCAGCUGGCUGUGGGACACCAACAAUAUUUUCGUUUGCUGAGCUAAACAAGGAGUAUAAAAAUCAGACUGUGUUUCCUGUUGGGAAGACUGUGAAAUACACUUGUCAGCCUGGAUACGUGAAACAUCCACAGAUAUCACCAACUAUUAUGUGUCUUGAAAAUCAAACGUGGUCUGAAGCCCAGGAGUUUUGCAAACGGAGAAGGUGUGAUCAUCCAGGAGAACCGGAGAACGGCAGAGUUAUCGUUACAACAGACCUCUUCUUCGGGUCAACAGUGAAUUACACCUGCAAUGAAGGGCACAGGCUGGUUGGAGCAUCCCAGCGGCAAUGUGUGAUUUCAAGCUCUGGGCCGCGGGUGAGGUGGAGUGGUGAUGUUCCUGUCUGCCAGAGUAUCGUCUGCGAUCCGCCGCCGGACAUCCCCCACGGGAGACACAGCGGGCAAUUGAUGGACACCUUCUCCUACGCGGAUGUGGUCACCUACACCUGUGACGCUGGUCACCCGCUGGCCGGAGAGCCCUCCAUCUUCUGCACCACGGCGGACGGGGAGCACGGCGUGUGGAGCGGGCCACCGCCGCGGUGCGGAGUGUCGCAGUGCUCUCACCCUCCAGCCAUUGCCAAUGGAAAGCACAGUGGCCGAGCCACGGCAGUUUUCAUCAGCGGCAUGUCUGUGAGCUACACCUGUGAUCCUGGCUACGUUCUCGUUGGAGAGGCACAGCUUAAUUGUACUUCUUCUGGAGCCUGGAGCGUCCCUGCCCCUUGGUGUGAAGGGCGGCUGUGUCCCUCCCCAUCGGAGAUUGAACACGGCCAGCACGAUGGCAAGGAUGUGAAAAUGUUCGUCCCUGGAAAGUCUGUAAAUUACAGCUGUGACCCCGGCUAUUCUCUUAUUGGAAAAACAACUCUAUACUGUACAGUCAAUGGAACCUGGAGCCUCCCUUAUCCCCGGUGCGAAGUGAUCACCUGCAUAAGCCCCAACAUCCAAAAUGGAGAAGUGGCUGAAGGACGGAGCGCUGCGUACCGUCCCGGGGCCAACGUCACCUUCCAGUGCCACCCGGGCUACGUGCUGUGGGGCAGCCGUGGAGCCAAGUGCCAGCCCGAUGGCCGCUGGGCGCCUGCUGUCCCCACCUGCGAGCCAGUGCUGCCGUGUCCUCCACCUCCCGUCAUCGCCCACGCCACGCACAGCGCGGAGCUCGGGGCAAACUUCACCAGCGGCAUGUCCGUGAGCUACAGCUGCCAGCCCGGCUUCUCCCUCCUCGGAGACCCCUCUGUCUCGUGCACGGCCUCGGGGAACUGGAGCCUCCCGUACCCACGCUGCGCAGUGCUGCAAUGUCCUUCACCUCCAAAUAUUGAGAAAGGAAAUCACAACAGCCAGGACUUGGAAUUUUUCACUACUGGCAUGGUCGUAAAUUACAGCUGUGACCCUGGCUACAGCCUCCUUGGAGAGGCAUCGAUUCACUGCACUGACUCUGGAAACUGGAGCCUCCCUCUUCCUCGCUGUGCAGGUGGCUGUGGUGCACCUCCAAACUUAACCUUCGCUAAGCUAACUGAGGAAUACAAAACUCUGACAGAGUUUCCUGUUGGACACACUGUGCGAUACAGCUGCCAGCCGGGAUACAUGAGACACCCCGGAGUACCCCCAACUCUGACAUGCCUCAAAAACCACACGUGGUCUGAAGCGCUAGCGUUCUGUAAAAGGAAGCAAUGUAAAUACCCAGAAACACCAAAGAAUGGCAGAGUUGUUGUUCUGACAGAUCUCCUUUUUGGGUCAACUGUGAGACACACGUGUGAAGAAGGGCACCGGCUGGUUGGACAUUCUCAUAGGCGAUGUGAGAUUUUUGGACCCGAUGUUGCAUGGAGUGGUGUUCUUCCCAUCUGUCAAAAGGUGGUAUGUCCAGUCCCACAGAUCCAGAAUGGGGGAGUAUCUGUUCUUAAAUAUCGCUACACAUACAAAGAUACUGUAAGCUUUAAGUGCCAUGAAGGCUUCACCUUGCGAGGCCAUCGCACAGCCCAGUGCCAAGCUGAUAAAACAUGGGAUCCACCUGUACCAGUCUGUGAGCAGGAUGGAGUGGCAGAACACUAUCAUCAUCCUGAUACCACAACAAAGCCAGUAGUGAAGUGUCUGCCUCCUCCAAGCAUUGCUAACGGGGAACACAGCAGUCAUUUCUCAGACACUUUUGAUGUAGGAGCACUUGUGCACUACCGCUGCAAACAUGGCUUCUCCCUCAUUGGCAAUAAGACUGUUCAUUGUACAAUAUAUGGAGUCUGGAGCCGUCCCCUUCCUCGGUGUGAAGUGCUGCACUGCUCCAAGCCUGCAGAGAUCGCCCACGGGUCUCUCAGUAGCCCAGCAAAAGUGUUUUUCACUCCUGGAACAUCUGUAAGCUACAUCUGUGAGCCCGGCUUCUCUCACAUUGGGACAGCCUCCAUUUAUUGCACACAAUCUGGAGCCUGGAGCCAUCCUCCUCCGGUCUGUCAAGCUGUGAAGUGUCUCCAUCCUCCAAACAUCACCAAUGGGAAGCUCAAAGGCAACAUCUCUGACACUUUUUCCUAUGGAGCAUCUGUGUCCUACAGCUGCAAUCCUGGUUAUUCACUCAUUGGGAAUGCUUUCAUCAACUGCACAGUGUCAGGAACCUGGAGCCAGCCUCAUCCUCAGUGCAAAGAGAUCAGAUGUGUAUUCCCAGAAGUUCAGGGUGUUAAGAAAGCCAUAAAAGGAAAUACUUAUCCCUCUGGGACUAACAUCACUCUUGAAUGUGAAAGUGGUUACACUUUGGAAGGCAUCAGUCAGAUUCAGUGCCAGGAGGACUUCAGCUGGGACCCCCCUGUACCAGCCUGUAAACUGACAUCACGCAAGUCUGGUUCAGUAGGCCUAGGAGUCGCAGCUGCAGGAGUCCUGCUUCUCCUGGGGGCAGGCAUUGUCUGGAAAAUUAUUUCUAAGCAGAAGCAAGGCUAUUAUCAUACAUAUGAAAACUACAGUUACCAAACCCCUCUGAAUGAGAUUAUGGAACAGAAAUGUUCAUGUGUUCCAUAGAAGGCUGAGCAUCCGUGCUGCCGCUCACCAGGCAUUAAACUUGUUCUCCGCACAGAGAGCGGCUGCAGGUUGCAUGGAAGCGUUGCUCAUGUCAAGACUGAAAUUCUGUGGUGAAAAAAGCACUUUAGGAUCAACGUUAAUGCUCCUCCUGCUCCCACUAGUUACUGUAAGGAUUUAACAAACGGCCCACAGUACAGGUGCUGUUUCAGAGGGACUCCUGUGCACUGCUGCUGUCUGAUGAAGGAUGUUUCCCGUCACGAUCUGCAAACCCUGUUACCACAAGACCCACCAGAGCGUUCCUGCGCCUGUGUGGAAGUCACAGUUUGUUAAACAAAAGAUUGUCUUAAUGGCAACCGUAUUCACAUCUGUCUAUUUCUUCCAGGAACGCUGCUUUGCGGUGUUCCUCUACAAACGCUUCACCCAAUAAAAGCUGAAUGUGGGACAGUAA